AUGAGUUUACGUUUGGUUAUUUACACCAAAGAAAGCAAUGACAAAGAUAAGAAAAAGAAGGAAAAUAUUAGUUUGUCUUUAGAUACGAAAGUAGCUCUUUAUAUUAAAAGCAGAAAAAGUAGAAGAACGAAAGUUGAAUGUAUAAACAAAUUUGUCUCUAUGAUGAAACAGAAUGUUAUACUUUUAAAAAGACUUGUUUUUGGAAGUUCGAGAACAACUACACCUCAAAGGCAAAAAUGUUUCCUAAAGAAAAAUGAUAUUGCUAGGAAAUGGAGUUCUACUCACAGAUGGAUACGAAUGACACCAAAGAUGUCAACUUUACGUCGAUUAUUAAUAAAUUUCAGAAAGUUUACAGCUCCGAUUCGAAUAAUAUGGUUGAACGUAAAUUAA